AUGGGCUCACAUAAGUUUGAGCAGCAAAGAGUUCAUGUUGCUUCUUCAGUUGAAUGUUGCAUGAAGCAGUAUGACAUGUCACUAAACGAGGCUUAUAAACUCAUUUCCAAAGACAUUGAAGAUUAUUGGAUGAUUAUGAAUGAAGAGUGCCUUAACUUAGACUCUAUCCCAAAUCCAGUGCUUGAAACUAUUAUUAAUGUGGCGAGAGUAUCUGAAUUUACAUAUGAAAACUUUCAGGAUAAAUUUACAAAUGGGGAAUUGCUGAAAGAAUGCGUGGAUAUACUAAUUCUAGAUCCUAUAAGCAUUGAGAAAUGUGAGUAG